AUGAAUUAUUUAGUUGGUUUAGUCUUAAUUUUUACAAUUUUUUAUUUUUUCCUCCAGAAAAAUGAUAAAAAUAUGAAUUCAAAAAUCCCAGGACCAAAAGGAAUACCAAUUCUUGGUAAUUUACUAUCAAUGAAAGGUGAUCUUCAUUUAAAAUUACAAGAAUGGUAUAAACAAUAUGGAGUGAUUUACAGAAUUAAAAUGGGUAACGUAGAGACUGUUGUAUUGACAGAAUACCCAAUAAUUAGAGAAGCAUUCAUUGGUAAUUCAAAUUCAUUUGUUAAUAGAUUUCAAAGAAAGAGUAGACUAAAGCUUAACAAUGGUGAGAAUUUAGUGAUUGUUAAUGGUGAUAUUCAUAAUAAACUAAAGACAUUGGUAUUAUCGGAAAUGACAAAUCAAAGAAUUAAAAAGUAUGAGACUAGUUUCAUAGAUAAUGAAAUCAAGAAAUUAUUUAAAGUUUUAGAUGAACAUGCAGAUACUGGUAAACCAAUAAUAUUAAAUAACCACAUUAAAAUGUUUUCAAUGAAUAUUGUACUUUGUUUUACAUUUGGUUUAAAUUAUUCUUAUCCAUAUGAUGAAUUUGAAAAAGCAUCUGAAUUUAUAAAAUUAAUGGUUGAAUUUUUCAAUAUUGCAGGUCAACCUAUCAUUUCAGAUUUCAUACCAUCAUUAGAACCAUUCAUUGAUACCUCAAACUAUUUGAAUACAUAUAAAAGAAUUUUUAAUUAUACAAGUGAUUUAAUUACAAAAUUUAAAAAUGAAAAUGAAAUUCAUAACAACAUCAACGACAACAAUAAAAGUUUAGCUGAUAAACCAAUUCUUUCAAAAUUAUUACAAUCAUUUGAAAAUGGUGAAAUUUCAUGGGAUUCUGUUGUUAGUACUUGUAUUGAUCUUCAAACUGCUGGUGCUGAUACUUCUGCAAAUACAAUUUUAUAUUGUUUACUUGAAUUAAUUAAUAAUCCAAAUAUUCAAUCAAAAGUAUAUGACGAUAUUAAACAAGCAAUAAUUCAAAGUAAAGAAAAUGAAAAUCAGAAUGAUAAUGAGAAUCAAGAACAAACUGAAGAAAUUAUAACAUUAUCAUUUAAUAAAUAUCGUACAUUAGCACCAUAUUUAUCAAUGGUAGUUAAGGAAACAUUUAGAAAAUAUCCAUCUGGUACAAUUGGUUUACCUCAUGUUACUUCAGAAGAUGUUGAAUUAAAUGGUUAUAAAAUCUGUGCUGGUACACAAAUCAUUCAAAACAUUUGGGCAACUCAUAGAAAUGAAAAACAAUUCUCUGAACCAGAUUCAUUCAUUCCUGAAAGAUUUAUUUCUCAACAACAAUCUGCAAACUCAAAUUUAAUUCACUUUGGAUGUGGUGUUAGAGAUUGUAUUGGAAAAUCACUAGCUGAUUCAGAAAUCUUUACAAUGUUAGCAAGUUUAAUUAAUAGAUAUGAAUUUACUAAUCCAAAUCCAUCAACACCAUUAAAUGAAAUUGGUAAAUUUGGUAUUACAUAUUCUUGUCCAGAAAAUAAAAUAAUAAUUAAAAAAAGAUUUUAA